CAGAGAUUGCAAAAUGUUUCUCUAACUUUUCCAUUACAAGUGAAAAUCGCUCGUCAAUCUUCGGCUCUUUAAACAAUAUAUAUGACUGAAUAACUCGCAGGCAAAUCCUUUUUUCAUUCUUAACGCUCUAACAUAUACAUAGAAAAAGGAAAAGGUGCGCGUGAUGAUCAGAAUUACGUAAAGGAAGAAUCAGUGUGAUUUGAUUUUUGACUUAGAAAUGAAUGAAAUGUGACGAGUUGAUUUUAGUGGAAUUUUUUCAUACGUAAGUUUAUAACUUGAAUUAUUUUUUUAUAAUUUGAUAAAAUUUUGACAUUUCUCACGAUCGGAGGAAGAAAAUUAGAAUCCACGGGGAGUACGUCAUAGACAAACAAUACACACAUAUAUUUAAAUUUAAAAUACCAGCAGUAAAAGUUUCAUUUGUUCUUUAGUUACAUCACCUCUGGCUACGGCAGGAUUUGCCUUAAAAUUUAAAUAGCUUUAUUAAGAAAAGUGAAUGAGAAUAGUUUCAGGCAACGUUUGGUGGUACAUUUGACGAAUAAAUACAUUAAAAUAUAACAGGAAAGAAGAGGAAAUACACGAACAAAAAUUUUGUUUCAAUUAAGACUUACUUUUUCAAUUUGGAAUAAAGAAUACGAUAUUCAGAAACUGCAAUAUGUGUACGAUAAUGAAGUUUUUCAAAGAAGUGAUCAUGUGUGUAACAGUGUUGACAGUUUUUUGCGCAUGCGCAAUGUCAUUUCCGUCGUCGUCAUUCAACACAGGCACAAGGACCGGUGAGCUAGAUACGAUUAUAGAUGAACUAAGGAAAGAACUUAUCAUCAACUCAAAAUCAAAUAACAUAAGGAGUGAAUUAUCAAAUACAAGAUUUCAAGGGAGUCAGAUUAAAGACCACCCGUCUUUUGGUACAAUGGAAAGUUUUCCGUCUGCAGAAGUGAACGCACGUCCAUUGUUGUCAGCUAUUUUAUCAAAGAAUGGAAAUUCGAACACGUUUGAUGUAAAUAAGAGACAAGGAUCAUGGGAUUAUGAUUACGGACUUGGCGGAGGUCGAUUCGGUAAACGUGGCUUUGGAGAUUACUCUCUAGGCGGAGGUAGAUUUGGUCGUGACGUCGGUCACGUGCAGGAACUUGAAGCAGACGACUCAUUGGAUUUUGAAGAUCCUUUGUCAGAUUAGUAGCAUGAAAUUUCAAAUGUUUAUUGAAUAUAAAAAAAAAUUGUGUGACAAUUGUGACAAAACAAUUAAACCCUGUCAUCAAAUUUUUAUGAGAGAUCUGUAGAAAUUUCUUUCAUUGCAAAUUUGAUAACAUUUCGGAAUAAUUUCUUAAUUUUAAUCUAGAUGUACAUGAACAAGAACGGUAAAGUGUUAAUAUUUAAAGUUAAAAGGAUUAUAAUGCCUCUAUCUAAAUCAGAUGUUUUACCAUCAGACAUUAGUUUGAAUUGUUGAAAUUAUUUUUAAGCAUAUACAUGUACAAAAAGUAAGAAAACAAAUGCGCAAAAUUAAGUUGAAAUUAACAACAAAACGUACAUUAAAAAUGCACCAUUUCUUAAGCUUUCUGCUGGUGUACUGACUUCGCCUUAAUGGCACAUGCAUAUUCUCUACCGAAACAUUAACUUUGUUUUCAGAAAUUAAAAAUAAGGGCUUAGGGUUUAAAUGAUACAUUUUAUAUUUCUUUUAAAACUUAUAUUUAAAUAUUCACUGAAUUGCAAAAAAUGGGAAAUCACUUAAGGACAUGUCUUAAGAUGCAAAAUGUUCUUAAUGUAAAAAAAAUGUUAACAAUUCCGAUUAUUAAAUUAAAGCAUUACCUUACAAU